CGUGGCACAGCCAAUGCGGCCAUAUGCUCUGCUUCUUUUUCUCUUCUCUUUUGUCAGAGCUUCUCAUCCUCCCAACCAUCUCCCUCUAUUUCUCAACUCCUCUUCCUCCACGGUAGGGGUUUGGUUCUUCCAGGCUUCCAUGGCUGUUCCCACUGCUGCUGCGGGCGACGCUGACGAGUGGAUCCACGACGCCUGCCUCCACCCUCAUCUCGUGGCUGCCGUCCUCCUCAGCUUUCGCCGACGGAGCCGGCUUGACUCGGAGACGGAGUGCGACGAGAAGCCGUCGACGUCCACGACACCUGUGCCGACGGCGUUGCUGGAAUGGGGAAGGAAGAGGUCGCGGAUGAUGAGGCUCCCCAGAACCCUCUCGUGGACGAUGGGGGAGGAGGAAGAAGUUGCGGCGGCGGCGGCGAAGAGAAAGGGGAAGAGGAGGGCGAGCCCGCAGUCGCCCCUGGAGGGAUACAGCAGCGCGUCGGCGAGCGGCGGCGACGAUGGUGCGAGGGCCCCGGGAUCUGCCUGCCUUGCCGCCGCCACGCCGGAUGACCGGCUCCCCAAGGUGGUCGGCAACCCACGGGCACCGUCGGUUUCAUCGAUCCCUGCUGCGAGCUCCAUCCAACGGCCACCGUCGAAGAAAAUGACGAAGCCGGAGCUGCAGGCGGUAGAGAGAACGCUGCUGGAAGAGAGAGCGAAGCUUCAUAAGGAGAUGGAAGACCUGCGGAGAGCUGUGGAGGUGCUGAGGGCGGACAAUUGCAAGAUGCAGAUGCACUUGGAGUCGCCAAAGAUACCAGUUAAGGUUCACGUGGUUCUUGAAGAUGUCCAAUUCCCUGGAAUAUGCCAGCACAUCACUCCAUAUUCGCUCCCUGGCCGCAAAGAUUUGUUAAUGAUACCAGACCUCAAUGAUCCAUUGCCAGAUUGUUGAGUCUCCAGACUGUUGUGCUGAAGUAUCAAGAAAGGCAAAACUUCUCCCUUUGUGAAUGAUCAACCCAAACUCUAGAAGGUAACUGGUGACAAGUGGAAGGUGGGUUUCAUGAAGCAUUGCAUCUCUAACCACAGUUCUGUCUAAUAUAUUAGGGAGAACCCAAAGGGAGCUCCACAGAUACUUAGAGAAUAUGGAUUCACUGAUUAUUUGCUACUUCAAGAAUUUACACGAGUGUGAUGCUUUAUUCUUCUCCAAGAUGAAAUGGUAUUUGUUUGUUAGCUUC